AUGACCGCUAACAGUAACGAGGCAUCUGCCACCACAGCAUUCACCAGUCUCUGCGCCGAGAAGGGACUUCUGAAGCGCCCGCAGGGGCUCAAGGAUGAGGACGUAGCCGACGGCUUCACAGACGAGGUGACCCUCUUAGCAAGACGCUUCCUGCAAGCCAACAAGCUGGAUCCUUCCAAGGCGCUAGAACAAUUCCAGCAGGCGCUCGAUUUCCACAACGACAACGACGCAAUCCGUCUCUACGAUCUGCUCAGUGUGGCUGAAUUCGAAGAGACUCGGGCCGUGUACCCCCACUGGACAGGGCGCUGCGACCGCUCCGGCCGGCCCCUGCUCAUGUUCGACAUCUCGGCCAUAGAUAAAGAAGGCCUUGCGCACUGGCGAAAGACGCGCGAUAUGCCCAAGGCGAUUAUACCCGGCGAUCCGGCAGACGCAGACUCAACGGCUUCUGUUUCCAUAUCAGCAGCGGCCUCGCCACCACAAUCGCCCAACAUGGCGCAGCGCGCCCUAACCUACUUCAACUACUACCCGCGCUUUGUCCUACCGCUGUGCUCAGCUGCUCACAGGAAACCAGUCACCAAUUGCGUCUAUCUCGUCGACGCCGGCCCGCUGCGCAUGCGGCAGGCGUGGGACCUGCGUGAGUUUGCGCGCGACAUCAGCUGGAUCCUCGCAACGUGUUUCCCAGAAACGAUUUAUCGAUGUUAUUGCUGCAACGUUCCCAGCUUUCUCGCGCGGUUCUGGUCGAUCAUCAAGUCAUUCAUCGACCCGGCCACUGCAUCCAAGAUCCAAUUCUUGCCCAGCAGUGAUGUGUAUGACACACUGAAGGCAGAUAUUGAACACGAUGAUAUCCCGACCUGUCUUGGGGGCGGGUUCCAGUUUCAGACGGGAAUGCUGCCGGAUCUGGACGACGGCAUUCGGCGCGCGCUGGAGUGGUCGGGGACGCAGGUUGAUCUGCCUCCUGGGCCGAUCAAAUGGAUACAGACUCUAGCUCUAGCUGAGAGUGGUACUGGGACCAGGAAGGCUGUCGCCACUGGGACUGCUGAUAUGGUGCAGAGGGCGGUUGAGGUAGCUACGUUGCGGGCUCCAGUUUCGUCGAGUGAUGCAUGA